UCAGUCGUUGUAGGUGGCAGCACCGCGUCACGUGAAUUUUCAUGGCGUUGAAGGGCUAGUCCCGAAUUGUCUUGUGAUUUCGCCAAAUUAUUUGCUGUUUCCAAUAUUUAGUGUUAAACAGCAUUAAUUUAUAAGUUCCAGUGGUGAAGAUGUCUGAAUACUGGGUAAUCAGUGCCCCGGGCGACAAGACGUGCCAGCAGACCUGGGACACCCUCAACAAUGCCACCAAGUCCGGCAAUCUCAGCGCCAACUACAAAUUUCCAAUCCCUGACCUGAAGGUGGGGACACUGGAUCAGUUGGUGGGGCUGUCCGAUGACUUGGGUAAGCUCGACACCUUCGUGGAAGGUGUUACAAGGAAGGUAGCGCAGUACCUCGGUGAGGUACUAGAAGACCAACGCGAUAAGCUCCAUGAGAACCUUAUGGCCAACAACAGCGAUCUACCAUCUUAUCUAACUCGAUUCCAAUGGGACAUGGCUAAAUACCCCAUCAAGCAGAGCCUGCGUAACAUCGCUGAUAUCAUCAGUAAACAGGUGGGACAGAUCGAUGCGGAUUUAAAACAGAAAUCUGGCGCCUACAACGCACUCAAGGGCAACUUACAGAACUUGGAGAAGAAACAGACUGGCAGUCUGUUGACCCGUAACCUGGCGGACUUGGUGAAGAGGGAACAUUUCAUCCUGGACAGCGAGUACCUCACCACACUGCUGGUCAUCGUGCCCAAGUCGAUGUUCAACGACUGGAAUGCUAACUACGAGAAGAUCACCGACAUGAUCGUCCCGCGCUCCACGCAGCUUAUACACCAGGACAAUGAUUACGGACUCUUCUCCGUCACUCUAUUCAAGAAGGUAGUAGAAGAGUUCAAGCACCACGCUCGCGAGCGUAAGUUCGUUGUGCGUGAGUUUUCGUACAACGAGGCAGACCUCGCCGCCGGCAAGAACGAGAUCACUAAACUCGUUACUGACAAGAAGAAGCAGUUUGGUCCGUUGGUGCGAUGGUUGAAGGUGAACUUCUCUGAAUGUUUCUGCGCCUGGAUCCACGUCAAGGCGCUUCGUGUCUUCGUCGAGUCUGUGCUGAGAUACGGCCUCCCAGUGAACUUCCAAGCGGUGGUGAUGGUGCCGUCCCGUAAGAACACGAAGAAGUUGCGCGAAGUGUUGCAAGCUCUGUACGCUCACCUCGACCACUCCGCGCACCAACAUACUUCCUCCGCGCAGGACGUUAACACUCCGGACAUCGGGGAUCGCGAGACGAUCUCCGGCCACCGUGCGGGUCUUCGGACGGCGAGCAAAGGUAACUCGCCGCCCGACCAGAACCAGACCCUUGCGUACGGCGCGUCCCCUCAAAGAGCCAAAUUGGCUUGCUCACAAAUGCUCAACGCGGAGAUGGCCGGUCUCGGGUUCGGUUCGUCGGAGUACUACCCGUAUGUGUUCUACAAGAUUAACGUGGACAUGUUGGACAAGGCCUAACCACGUCGCCACGCUGCAACAAACCCCCGUUAUAUUAGGUAAUGUUACCAGGUACUUUCUCCUGUGUCUGACCACGUAAUGGUCGCGCAAUACCAUGAACUAUCGUCGUACAAUUUAUUUUACUUACAACAUAUCUAUACCAAAUUUAUCAUUGGCCCUUGAAAAAAAAAUCCAUAUUUUUCUAUAUGUACAGAUGUUUUUGACAUAAUUUUGUUUUGUGACAACUUUAAAUCAUAUUUUUUCAUUUACACGCCGGUUGUUGAUAUAGAUGUUUGUGUAAUUUAUAUUAUAUAUGUUAUUUAUAAAAUAAGAUGCCAUUUUGAGAAUUGAGAUGAUUAAAAAAAGAAUAUUAAAUUGUUGCAAUAAUAAUUCUUGAUGGAGCUUAUAGCUUUUUGUUGAUGUUAAAUAAAAACUGUUAAUAAAUGAUUGAGUUCAGUAUUAUACUUGAGUUGCGUAGUUUAGCGUGACGCAUACAAUGUAUAUUAAAGUAAAUAACAUCAGAUGCAAACUAUGUAAAUAAGAACAUUCCUCAUACAUGUGUGUAGUACAUAAUAAAAUAUUAUUCAAGUUACUGUUUUUUCUUGUUUUAUUUUAACUGUGUUUUUAUAAUAACUAUCGUGAGACAUACUAAAUUAACUAAAAU